UCAAGUCAAGCCAUUAUUGUGUAUUGUACUACUGGUUCUCCACAGCUUUAUGGGGCCCGAAUGUUCCAAGGAAAAAGAGCUUAACCAGGUCCCCCCAUAGUCACAUAUUAUCUUUCUAGAUUCCUCUAAUUGUUAGGGAUUUGUAAUCCCAGUUUGAAUCUCUCUGUUAGAGUUCAUCAUUCGAAUUGAACUAGUAAUGCCGGAAAGGAUGGCUUGCGGGUGAUCCUGACGCCUGAACUGAAACUCUGAUGAGUUCCCAACGUCUUUGAUUAGCUCAGAGAGAGAGAGAGAGAGAGUGGAAGCUGCAGCUGUUGAAUUAGGAGGCGCAAAGGGAAGAUGGAUUUGCUCCCAGCGACUCUGUUACAACAAAAGUUGGAGUAUUACCUGAAUCACCCAUCUCUACGUGUCCCUGAAGUGCGCAAGGAGUUUGAGGAUGUACUGAAACUCAAGUUCCCAGAUAUGAACGCGAGUCUUAGAGAUGAUCCGAAUGUAAGAAGACAAUGGAGGCAAGAACUUAAGAAGUUGGAAGACGAGGUCGAUAGUAUUAUGAUAUUCAACCUGAGCCAUAAAUCACCAAUGUUGUGGUUGGGCCAUCAGCUUCCCUUUAUAUUCCGACUACUCCAUUUACAUAAGCAGUUGAUGGAAGUGCGUCGGUUAGGCGAAAGGAUCAGAAAUUUGCAGACAGAAGAUGGCACUCCAGCUGCUCUUGAUAAUGUCUGUGAGAGUACCCAAGCUGAAGAACAGAGCUUAACCUUGUUGGGUUCUGCAAAUUAUGGAGUACGGCCAUCGACCUAUGAUGUGACGAAGGGGAAAAAUUCAGCGCCUAUCCACGCAGAAGUUGUGAGUAGGAUUAAGGAUUUGUUACUGAAUUCUAAAGAUAAAAGAUUCAAAGUGGUUGGUGUGAUAGGGAGAAAGGGUAUUGGGAAGAGUAGAUUGGUUACGCAUGUCUACCAGAAUGAUGAAGUAAGGAAGUUUUUUGACUGCUAUGCUUGGAUUUCAAACCCAUCGUCUUCUGAACCUGAGAGUAUCCUUAGGGAGAUGUUACGCCAAUUCUACUUUGGAUUCCCUCCUUACACAUUGGAGACGAUGGACAAACAAACCUUACUAUUGGCAAUCAAUAAAUGCUUGGAUAGGAAGCGGUUCCUAUUGGUUCUAGAUAGUGUUUCAGACUUUGGAAUUUGGGAGAGUGUUAUAUUCCCUGCUUUCCCCUUCGGUCGUCAGCUUGCUCCACUAGGACCGGUCGUCUUCACAAGUAGCUUCAUCCAUGGUAGGAUCGUUUUCACAAGUAAUUCCCCACAUCGAAGGAUCUUCGACAUUUUGGUUAAUCAAGUCUAUGUCCAAAUCCGCCUCAAGGCCUUGUCGCAAGAGGAACCAUGGGCUCUGUUCUGCCAAUUGAUGUCUCAAGACACAGAGACUCCUGAGACUUGGCCACCGGGGCUAGAAGGGAUUGCAAGAGAAAUCAUAAAAAAAUCAGGUGGUCUGCCUUUUGUGAUCCGGCUGCUUGCUGGGGUCUUGCGGGGAAGCAGAAGCCCUGAAGUUUGGCAAAAACGUCUUACCCAAUUGGUGGGAUUAGAGCAAUAUUCUAGAGAUGAUACAGUCAAAGCAAUAUUGCUCAGCUACGAUGCAUUGGCUUUACCUCUUAAAUCAUGCUUCUUAUAUUUCAGCAUCUUCCCCAAAGACAUUGAGAUUCCAUUGGAGAGGGUCAUUCGGUUAUGGGUAGCUGAAGGCUUGGUGGUGGAAACUUCAACUCCAAUGAGAACAGCAACAGAGGCUUCCAUGGCCUACUUGCAAGAGCUCAUCAACAGGGAAUUGAUCCAACCGGGACAUGUUGAUGUUAAAGGAGAUCUGAAAUCAUGUAAAUUUGAUGAUCAGGUUCGCAGAGUAGCGGUUGAUAUCAUUGAAUCCAAUGAGCGAUACUUGGUUCACACCACAGACAAUGGAUCGUCUGGUACUGCAGGUAUGCCUAGUUUGCGUUUCUUUUCCAUUCAAGGUAAGGGCAUUGAAGACAUGAAAUCAGGUAAAAAUGAUGCUGCACGCAUACGCUCUUGCAUUAUAACUGGAAUAAGCAAGUUACAAUCCUCAACUAUGCGUCAAUGCCUCUCGGGGUUUCAACUCUUACGAGUGUUGGACUUGGAUCUUGAAGGCUCAGAUAUCGAAACCUUGCCCAACAGAUUGGGUACUCUAGUUCUUCUAGUAUAUCUAAAACUGAAAGGCUCCAAGCUCAAGGAGCUUCCUAGCUCUGCUCUGGAGAAUCUGAUCCGUUUGAGAUACCUGGGAUUGAGGAGAACUGGAAUUACAGAGCUUCCUGCUUCGUUCUUGCGGCUAAAGGACCUACACACCUUGGAUGUAAGAGAGACAAAACUGAGGACAUUGCCCUGUUGCUUGUUGUCCCGACUUCAGCAACUGCGGCACUUAUAUCUUUGUAGUUCUUUUAGAAGAGAAGUAGUGGAGAUGCCACUAGGAAAGGAGACUGAACAACCACUCGAACUCCAAACACUUGCAGGGGUUAGAGCUACUAGCAACUUGAUAGAGAAACAACUAGGAAGAUGUACCCAACUCCGAAAACUAUGCAUUGGAAGAGUAGCAGAAGCUGAUUCUGAAAAGUUUUGUGCUUCCAUUGACAAGAUGAACUACCUCCGAUCACUAUCUAUAAGAUGUGAGAUAAAUGAGAGCCUACAUAUGGGAUCUUUGGCACACUCCACAACCAACGUCGAUACAUUAAGGAUUGGAGGUUCGGUUGAGGCCUUAGACUCUGCUAUAAAAUGCUUCCGAUCCCUCCGUCGCUUAUUUUUGUGGGACAACCUCUUAAGAUAUGAUCCUCUUCCAAUACUACAAGAUCUUCCUAACCUCAUGGUCCUCUGCCUGUCUAACACUUUCCUAGGAAAGGAAUUAAGGUGUGAUACUGAAGAUGGUUUCCCCGAGCUAAAAAGUCUGUCCAUCUUCCAGCUGAGAAAUCUAGAGAGUUGGCAAAUAAAUGGAGGAAUGCAAAAGCUUGAGUUUCUUUCCUUUGGGCAUUGUCCGAAUUUGAAAAAUCCGCCUCAAGGCCUUGAAAACCUCCCUAUUCUCCAACUUGUGAAGGUUGCAGGAAUGGGUGAGGAUUUUGACAAGAUGAUGGAGAGGAUUGGCAAAGAUGCAAAUGAUCGUUUCAAGGUCCGUCCCAUUCCAUUAUUCAAGCAUGAUUUCGGAGUCACAGACCAAAAGCAUUGGACAAGGGAUGAAGAGAUUAAAGAGGCUGCUGGCUCAAAAGGAUCCUUGCGGACUACUUCCUUGGAGAUACAUGACACCUCUAGCUUCAAAAAGUAGAGUUUUCCCCCAGCAUCGGCUCUGUGAAGAAAAUUGGGCAAGUCAUCAAGCUGCAUCCUUAUGCCAAUCCUGUUUCUGUCUUGUUUCAGUUCCUCCUGCUUUUGCCUAACCUAUAUCCUUGAUGAUGUGCAUGGGCUCCCUAGAAUCCAUCUACUUCCUACUACAGAAAUAAAGGUCUACCUUCUGCUCUUUUGACAGAAACAAAUGUUUACAUAGUUUAGGAAAAAAUGCCAUUAUUUCAUUGUUGGUCAGUGAUAAGCUUCCCCUUGAGUAUCCACAAAAUUUUACUAUGAGUUAAAUGAUGUGGUAAUUCUAAUCAUUAGACAGACAUUGAAUCCUCUGGAUUGCCACUUUACAAAUUAUAUAUUUCCCUAUGUAUGGAUAUGCA